CAAAGUUAUUACAAAAUGGCCGACCUAUACGAACCUGACGUGGGGACGGCGUACUAUCGUUCUACUGACCCAAUCAAGAAUUUGAAAAUUAGAGUAAAUUUGCGCCGAGUGACUUCAAGCACCAUGGCAAGCAGUAUUAAUACUUUGGAACAGUUGGGUGAUGAACUAGAGAUGGCUGUUAUGAAUGAAGUGGCAUUGCAAGACCAUGAUGAACGGACCUUUCAGUGGCAGGAAAAAGUCUUUAGCCAAAGAGAGGUGGAGCUGUAUGGAAAUGAGCAAAACUGCUUCAAUGUAUUAGAUAAGAAAUACCAUGAAGAAGUGACUGCUAUCAUUGCCAAGGGUCGUCCUACUAAUAGACUAUUUUCCUAUGUUGACCAUGACCAUUACUCUUUUCAGGAUGAGAGUGUUUGCUACUUGACUACUUCUGCAAAUGAGAAACCAAGCAAGCUGGCUCAGAAAAUGGCACGCGUGCGAUGUAGACGAGUUGGUGGAAGACAGCUUAAGGAAAAGGAUGUUGGUGUGAUCCCUAAAACAAACAUUGUUGAGCAGAAACCAACUGAAGAGCUCAUGAACAGAAAUCGCUUGGAGCCUCCACCCAUGCAAGUGAUGUACAUCAUGGCUGAUCUCAGUCCCAAGGAGAGGGCAUCUGAAGAGCACGAUGAGUACGAAUUGUGUUGUUUACAGCUUACUGCAAAUGGCGUACUAUGCAUGAGACCAGACUUCAACCGUGGACGCAAACCAUAUGUUAUUGAGACAACUGGAACAGGCAGAGAUGUAUAUGAGUACACCAUAGAACAUAUUUCCAUGGAGAUGAACAGAACAGAACAAGAUAAGGAGAUGAAGAUGUACAGAGAGGUCUAUUCUCGGCACAGGGAAUUCUUGAAUGCACUUGUUGGUCAUGAGUUUGAAGUACCACAGUCAGAUGUUCUUCGCCUCGUUGUGUAUGGAGAAAUGGUAUCAGCACAGGGAUUUGAGAUGGACAAUAUUUACCUUCAUUUUUUUGUGGACCUCCCAAAAGAUUGGUAUGCUGAUCGGGAUCAACAGUUGUCAUGGGUCACACAGACCUGUGCCACAAAGACCGUUGGCAGGGAUGAAGUGGCUUAUUUUAGUUUUCCUUUUAACGUUGAGCUGUACUUCAAGAGGAGUGCCACAAGUCUCACAAACCCAGAUGAAAUGUUACGGUUUCCACUGCUUCUGAUAGAGGUUCUAUCAAUUGAUUCUUGGCAUCGCUUCUACCAUGAAGGGUAUACAUAUAUCCAUCUUCCAGCAAACCCAGGGUCUUACACAAUCACAAAAGACUGCUGGCGACCUCUUGGAAAAUCUACAGUGUCUCAGCUUCGAAGGUUUUUCACUGGAGGCACACCAGAACUUGAAGAUCCUACUUAUGUUGUUGCACCUGCCACUUUCGAGGGCCACCAUCUUAGCAAGUUUGGCUUUAGGACUGAGACCACGGGCAGUGUGACAGCCAAGAUCAAUAUCAUGAUGCAAUCAAGAAAAUUCAUGGAGCAAAGGGCAAGCAAAAGAACGGCAGGUUCUAUUGUGGAGUCACUUGGAAUUUCAACAAUGCAAGCCAAUAUUACAAAUGUGCUGGAUGCCUUCAAACGUGCCCGUUUGAAGAUGAUGCAAGCACGAGAGGCAGCAAGCAGAGAACUUUUAAAAGACAUCAAGAAGCAAACCUAAUUUGGGCAACUUCCUCAUCUUUUUCCAGUUUUGGGAAUGCAUAUUUCCCCAUCCUGACAGCAGAAGAAGGGAAUCAGAGAUGCUGUAAGCAUUUCUGAAAAUAACCAAGGUUUUUAUCAGUUGUACAGAGACAAUUCCCUGUCACAAAGCAGCUGUUGACAUAAUGACACUGAAACCUAUGAUUACCCUAUUCUUUUUGUUGUUUUAUAUUUUCUCCAUGUUUUCAUUCUUCUGGUGUAGAAUUAUAAAGUGAUUACAUUGGCUCCCCUCUCCCCAUUUCUAUUGCAUAAUUGGAUUAAAUCUAGCUGUUCAUCUAUCUUUUGAUGGUCCUUUGGCCAAAAUCAAACCUAAUGGAAAAACUGUUAUUUCAAUCUCAGAACUGCCGUCGACAUAUAAAUCAGUCUUCCGAACAAAUAACUUUUGGAUCGCAAAUGGUACAUGUAUGCACAUCGGCAAGGUGGUAAACACAAUAUAUAAAGCAGUCCAUCACAAUCCAUAACAACAUAUGGUCACCAGAUUUUUAAUUACUGUGUUGUGAAACUCUCUUUCCCUUUCAUAUCUUCCACCUACUCACUGCCAAAUCCUUUAAAUAUGCACUAAAAACAUCUUUUCAUGUGCAUUACUCCUCACACCAAUCAACAAAUUGCUCAUCCAUUUUCUAACCCUUUCUUUCACUUUUUUCGUCUGUUAAUGAGUUGUUAAUAGUUGUAGUCUUUUGACUAGUCUACCUGCUUGUAUUCCUCUGCAGAUUUAUGAUACUCUCCAUCCUUAUUAUUUGUUCCCUGGUCCCUCUUUGCGUCUUCUGUACUUGUCUUUUGUUACUUUUCUGCACAAUUAUUUCUCUUUCCAUCCUUCAUUUGCUGUCCAUGUCUCCUUGUCUCAAAUGCUGAGAACAUGCGCCAUAUAAAUCACGCAUCUAUUAUUAUAAUCUGUCUUGUACACUUUUUACAUGUACCAUCACAUGUUCGAAGAAAGUGAUUUGUAUUAAAAUUGUGGCAGCUGUAUAAAGCAGAACAAAUGUUCCAUCCCUCUUGGAAGAUGAACUUGCAGUGUGUUAAACACAUAAUCAUGUUUCUGGUGACUGAAGUGAUUGGCAUAUCAAGAAUGGUUUUAAAAUGCUUGCCAUUAUGUUUCUUUUUAACUGUUCGCUUUUUCUUUUUGAUAUGAAAGUUGAAUGGAUGUGUCAAUACUUUUUGUGUUUGCAAACUGGAUAUACUGCAAUGUAUGUGCAUGUUUUUGCGUUAGCAUACUAGGUGUGUCUGUUUGCCUGUGUACUAAUAUAUGUGUAUGGAUAUACAUAUUCAAGAGAUUCAGUAUUUGAUUGUGAUGCAAAGUAAAGGUUAUCCCCAAACUU